GGUGCCUGGGGCGGAGGGGCGGUGCGCGCAGCCGGGCGGCGUGGGUUGCUCCUCCUCGUUCGUGGGGCGACGGUUUAGGCAGCCCUAGGGUAUCGGACCUCUCCCGUCCACCUCACAGGGCGGUAUCUCAGCUAGCGUGACGGGAAGCUGAAGGAAGGAAAAGCCCUAAACCAGCAAACGCUGCAACUGCGUAGCUUGCCCCGUCCACUGAGCACGCCCGUCCGUCUCCUGGGGCCGCAAUUACAUAUCAUAAGCGCCUUUAGAGACACUUUUCGUCAUCCCCAGCUUUUAAUGACUGCCCUCCUGCUCGUGUUGCUUACAAAACCACCUGGUGAGCGGUUGCCAAGUUCAAAGCGGCGCUGGUUUCUGCAGCGACCGGGCUGUGAGGCUGCUCGGGAGCGCACAUCGAUGUACCGAGCGUCCCGGGGAGAUCUCCGGUGAAUCCCGCACGAAGCCAUGGGAGCAGCCCUGCCUGCACUGACUGCGUCCCGUACUCCCCCUGUUGGCUCAUUCGAAAGCAUGCAAUGUUUGCUGUAUUUGUCAAAGUUAGAUCGAGUGAAGAGACUUCGGAGGCACCUCUGGGAAGCCCAGCGACAGGGAGGACUGGGAAACACCGCAGUCCUGAUGUGAGCCGUGCUGUGCUGCGAGAGCCGGCGGUGCUGUGGUCAGUGUCCUCGGAGAUGAAGACUGGAGUUCCUCCCGCUGUUACAGCUCAGUCUGAAGCCCGCUGCUGCCUAGAGGCAUACAAAUACUGGCCCGGCCGAGCUGCAGGAGGGCAUCGGGGCAACUCCCCACACAUGAAGCUCUGCCAAGCACACGAGGUGCUGAGGUCAUUGCAGCAGUCAUCCCAACAUUAACUACUAAGGCUGUAAACCUUCCCUUGGACCAGGAACCCGCUACGUGAAAAACUGUUGUGAAUCAAGAUGGUCACCACCUAGAAGUCUGCAGCGACAACAGACUAUUACGUGCCAUCACACUGGUGAACCUCUCCAGGAGGCUGAGAAGCUGGCGCUGAAGCUGAAGCCUGGAAAGUGCUCCUCGGUAUUUCUUGCUGGCUUGUGCAAUGUCUGCUGCAGAAGAGUUUUCUGCAAGUCCCUCUCUUGCAUGACAACAUUGUGUGAAACUGUCAUAACCAGUACAGCUGAGAGUUGGAAAACAUGCCCUGCUUGGAGAUGACAACCAAAAGGAAGAUUAUUGGCCGCUUGGUGCCCUGCCGCUGUUUUCGUGGUGAGGAAGAGAUUGUUUCCGUGCUGGAUUACUCUCACUGCGGCCUACAGCAGGUGCCAAAGGAGGUCUUCAACUUCGAGCGCACGUUAGAGGAACUUUAUCUGGAUGCCAAUCAAAUCGAAGAGCUACCCAAGCAACUGUUCAACUGCCAGGCGCUACGCAAGCUGAGCAUACCAGACAAUGACCUCUCCAGUCUGCCAACCACCAUUGCUAGCUUAGUUAAUCUCAGAGAACUUGAUAUCAGUAAAAACGGAAUUCAAGAUUUUCCAGAGAAUAUCAAGUGUUGUAAGUGUUUAACAAUUAUUGAAGCCAGUGUCAAUCCAGUAUCUAAGCUGCCAGAUGGCUUCACACAACUUCUAAAUUUGACCCAGCUCUAUCUGAAUGAUGCCUUCUUGGAGUUUCUCCCAGCUAACUUUGGAAGGCUUGUCAAAUUGAGAAUAUUGGAGUUAAGGGAAAAUCACUUGAAAACUCUACCAAAGUCGAUGCACAAGCUGACGCAGUUGGAGAGACUUGAUCUGGGCAAUAAUGAAUUCUCUGAACUGCCUGAGGUUCUCGAACAAAUACAAAAUCUGAAGGAAUUAUGGAUGGACAAUAAUUCUCUGCAAAUACUACCUGGGUCUAUAGGGAAGUUAAAACAGCUCGUGUACCUGGAUAUGUCAAAAAACAGGAUAGAAACUGUUGAUUUGGACAUAUCGGGAUGUGAAGGACUUGAAGACCUCCUGUUGUCAUCAAAUAUGUUGCAGCAACUGCCAGACUCCAUAGGGCUGCUGAAAAGGCUCACCACGUUAAAAGUUGAUGACAAUCAGCUCACGAUUUUGCCCAAUGCGAUUGGAAAUUUAUCUUUAUUAGAAGAAUUUGACUGCAGCUGUAAUGAGUUGGAGUCGUUACCUUCUACCAUCGGUUACCUGCACAACCUGAGGACGUUGGCUGUGGAUGAGAAUUUCCUUCCUGAGCUGCCCAGAGAAAUUGGAAGUUGUAAAAAUGUAACCGUGAUGUCUCUGCGCUCCAACAAACUGGAGUUUCUUCCGGAUGAAAUAGGUCAGAUGCAGAAGUUGAGAGUGUUAAACCUGAGCGAUAACAGGCUGAAGAACUUACCAUUCACUUUUACUAAACUCAAAGAACUUGCAGCUCUGUGGCUUUCUGACAACCAGUCCAAGGCUCUCAUCCCCCUGCAAACUGAGGCUCACCCAGAAACAAAGCAGAGAGUGCUGACUAACUACAUGUUUCCCCAGCAGCCCCGCAGUGAUGAAGAUUUCCAGUCAGACAGUGAUAGUUUCAACCCUACUUUGUGGGAGGAGCAGAGACAGCAACGUAUGACUGUUGCCUUUGAAUUUGAAGAAAAAAAGGAAGAGGAGGAAAAUCCGGGCAAAGUUAAGGUUGAAAUAAAUCUAAAACGUUAUCCCACUCCAUACCCGGAGGAUUUAAAGAAUAUGGUAAAAUCAGUUCAAAAUCUGGUGGGCAAAACAAGCCAUGGAGUACGGCCUGAGAACUCAGCACCAUCCGCCAACACUGAACAAACUGUGAAAGAAAAGUAUGAGCACAAGUGGCCCAUGGCACCAAAGGAGAUUUCAGUGGAGGUGCAAGAAUUCCAUAAGAGUCACCUGUCUGAUACAGACAACACUCAUAAAUCGACUCUGGACAGGAAGGAGAAAGAAGAGCAUACAAAAAGCUCAGAGGAUGCCUUUGGACAUCCUGCCAGUGAGAUGAGGAUAGGGGAACUUCGUCCUUCCCUGCCAGAGACUCCGUUGUACCCACCCAAACUUGUUCUUCUGGGUAAAGACAAGAAAGAGUCGACAGAUGAGUCUGAAGCAGAUAAGAUCCAUUGUCUGAAUAACAGCGUUUCCUCAGGCACUUACUCAGACUAUUCCCCUUCCCAGGCUUCCUCAGGGUCCUCCAACGCGCAUGUUAAAAUGGGGUCCUUGCAGACAACAGCUAAAGAAGCAGUGAAUAACUCUUUGUGGGGGAACAGCAGGCUGGUGCAGUCAUUUCCACAGCCCCUCGAAACAAAGCCAUUAUUGAGCCAACGGGAAUCUGUUCCGGCAGGGAACGUGCCGCCGCGCACCGACAGGCGUCCUCUGAGCGACACCUUCACCGACAGCUGGAAUGACAGCUCACACUACGACAACACUGGCUUCGUGGCGGAGGAGAGUGCGGUGGAGAACCCCAGUGCUAACCCUCUUCUAAGCACGAAAUCUAGAAGCACAUCUGCGCACGGGCGCAGGCCGCUGAUUAGGCAGGACAGGAUAGUUGGCAUUCCUCUGGAGCUGGAGCAGCCGACGCUCAGAAACACACACGAAUCUGAAGUGCCUCCUCCCAAUCCUUGGCAAAACUGGACCAGAACCCCUAGUCCUUUUGAAGACAGGACAGCUUUUCCUUCCAAACUGGAAAACACCCCCACCACCAGCCCUUUGCCUGAGCGGAAAGAUCAUGUCAAAGAGUCUCCUGAGAUAACUAGCACUUUCGCUCCCAGAAUAGCAUGGGAAUAUCACGAUUCAAAUGCUAACAGAAGCCUCACGAAUGUCUUUUCACAUAUCCACUGUCGCCCAGACCCUUCUAAAAGUGUUAUUUCCAUCAGCAAGAGUACAGAAAGGCUUUCUCCAAUGAUGAGGGAUUUAAAAACGAACAAAUUUAAGAAAUCGCAAAGUAUCGACGAGAUAGACAUCGGUACAUACAAAGUUUAUAAUAUACCUUUGGAAAACUAUGCAUCUGGUAACGAUACUGUAGGAGCCCACGAGAGGGUGGACAAGCUGCUGGGCCCCGAGCACAGCAUGCUGAGCAUGUCCCGCAGCCAGUCGGUCCCCAUGCUGGAUGACGAGCUGCUGACCUAUGGCAGCGUCAAGGUGCAGCCGCAGCAGAAGUCAUCCGUGACGAAGAAGGUCUACCAGUUUGACCAAAGCUUCAACCCGCAGGGAGCAGUGGAGGUCACAGCCGAGAAGAGGUUACCGCCGCCUUUCCAGCUCAACCCCGAGUACAUUGCCCCGCAGAGUAAGAACCUGCCCCAGGAGCUGGUCAGCCCCAGGGUGUACCGUGGCUACCCGCCCGUGGAGCACAUGUUCUCCUUCUCCCAGCCAUCGGUGAACGAGGAUGCCAUCAGCACGCCCUUCACGAGCCAGGGCUCCAGGCCGGGCUUCUUGAGGAGGGCGGAUUCGCUGGCCAGCUCCACCGAGAUGUCCAUGUUCCGGAGGGUGAGCGAGCCCCACGAGCUGCCCCCCGGCGACAGGUAUGGCCGGCCUCCAUACCGAGGGGCUAUGGAGCGCCAGGGCAGCAUCUCGGUCUCCGAGUCCCAGUUCCUCAAGAGGAAUGGCAGGUAUGAAGACGAGCAUCCUUCUUACCAAGAAGUGAAAGCCCAGACUGGCAGCUUUCCCGUUAAAAACCUUACCCAAAGGAGGCCCUUGUCCGCAAGAAGCUACAGUACAGAGAGUUACGGUACCUCUCAAACCAGGCCGGUCUCAGCGAGGCCUACCAUGGCGGCUCUGCUGGAAAAGAUACCGUCAGACUAUAACUUGGGUAACUAUGGCGACAAGCCUUCCGAUAACAGUGAUAUAAAGACAAGGCCUACCCCUGUGAAGGGAAAUGAGAGCUGUGCUAAAAUGCCUGCUGACUGGAGACAACAGCUACUUAGACAUAUAGAAGCUAGAAGGUUAGACAGGACCGCUGCUUACAAACACAACACAGUUAGCCUUGGCAUGCUGCACUCUGGAGGGUUUUCAGCAAUGCAUGCCGGCAGAAGCAUGACUUUAAACUUGCAGACUAAAUCUAAAUUUGAAAACCAAAUGCUUCAAGAGCUACCUCUACCGAAAACCCCGUCGCAGCAGAGCAGCAUCCUGGACAACGGGCAGGACGAGGGGCCGGGGAGCGGCCAGUGGAACCCCUACCCGCUGGGGCGGCGGGAUGUGCCCCCCGACACCGUCACCAAGAAGGCAGGUAGCCACAUCCAGACCUUGAUGGGGUCACAAAGCCUGCAGCACCGCAGCCGUGAGCAGCAGUAUGAGGGGAACAUGAACAAGGUGACCAUCCAGCAGUACCAGCCCCCGCUGCCCAUCCAGAUCCCCUCCUCGCAGAGCUCCCGAGCGCCGCAGACGGGGCGAUGCCUCAUCCAGACCAAGGGGCAGAGGAGUACAGACGCCUACCAGGAGCAGUUUUGUGUGAGGAUAGAGAAGAAUCCUGGCCUUGGUUUUAGUAUCAGUGGUGGAAUAAGUGGACAAGGCAAUCCAUUCAAACCUUCCGAUAAGGGUAUCUUUGUUACUAGGGUUCAGCCUGACGGACCAGCAUCCAGCCUGCUCCAGCCUGGCGACAAGAUCCUCCAGGCAAACGGACACAGUUUUGUACAUAUGGAACACGAGAAAGCUGUAUUACUACUGAAGAGUUUCCAGAACACAGUAGACCUAGUUAUCCAACGUGAGCUUACUGUCUAAAUAUUUUUUUAUAAAUAGUAAAUAUGUCUAGCCAGAUCUAAUGUUCAAACAGAUUUAUACAUAGGAAACCAAUUUUUGCCAAUUGCUGGACCAAUGGCAAACAGUAGUGCCAAAUGUAUAAUACUCUAUGUUAGUACCGAUCAUCUCGAAAGAAAUAUAUUACCGAUAUAAAUAUACUGUUCACGUGGCUAUGUAUGAGUUUGAAUCGUCAGCCUCCGGCUGUGCAUUGGUGCGUUUUUUUAAUCGAGUUACUUCUUAAAGUCAAUUUCAUAUGAUUUCCAAACACAGAAGCACAUACCAGUUCUUUAGGAAUUCUGCUGUCCAUCAGAAACACUGCCUCAAAGUUGUAUAUGCCUUUAUAAAGAUAAGAUAUAUCAACCUGUACUUCCCAUGAAAUAUUUCUAUCAUGUCACAUACAAAAAUAUAGAGAAAAAAUAUUUUCAUAAACACCUCAAAGAAAGUAUAUAUUAAAUUAAAUUUAAUAACGUUCAUUUAUUUUCAAUGCAAAGAUAUUAUAUGCCUUAUGAAAAUACCUGUACAUAUGCAGUGUGUAUAGCUGGCUCCAUACUAAUGGGUGAAACUGUCGCUGCACAGGGUGAUACUCGGUAGCCCUGGGACGUAGUGUAACCAACCGGCACGGAGAUGGGCUCACGUCCUCCCGGUGGGCACUGUCAGUUGCUUCCAUGUGAACACACCAAGUGGACGAGCAGUGAGUUUAGACAGCUGUGGUUCCUAAACGGGAGAAGUUUGUGAUGGGUGGCAGUAAAACUUCUUUUGUUGCUGCUGAUUUUAUCAUUCUAUCUUUUCCAUUUAAAGUGACAGGCCCUUCACCUGCGUUGCCCAUUUCCCCAGUGUUACGUGGUCUGUAUUUUUGCUCUGUCCCAGGCUCGCUACGUCCAUUAUUGGUAUGGCUUCAGCCUUUAUAGAACCCUUUAUUUGAGUAAUAGUCUCUAAAAUGAAUGGGGAUUGAUUCAGCAUACAUGAGAAAUCAUAGACGAGCGGCACUGACGGAGCACAGGAAGAGCUUUCCCACCAAAGUACUGAAUCUGAAAACCCUUAAGGUAAAAACUCUCGUGCUGUUUUCAACAGAGACAGCACCAAAUUCUGCUAAACUGCUGCUGCCUCAGUAAUUCAGGUGUAUGCCAUGCUGACAGCAAGGAGCUGAAACACAAGGAACGCUCCCACGAGGUGCUGCCACGUGUGCUGCUGCCCACGGCCUGGUGCUGGGCUGCAGGCAGAGCCAGGAGCUGCUCACUGGGUGCUGCCCACAGGGUGCUGCCCACAGGCAUCUCCUGACCGCUAACCCUCAAACCUUUCUUCUCUUCCCCUCAAGCACAUGCAGACUGAAGUAAUUAAGACUUCCAGUCUUCUGACAUGAUGUCAGAAGACAAUGGUGCCCCUUCUGUGUGCCCUGUCUGUAUACGGGCCAGGUGCCUGCCACAGAGAAGUACUCACAAAUAGGUAAGAGUAGGAACUGUCCCCCCGGGGUGUUAUGAAGCACCAGGUCUUUAACUGUUUGCACUCUUCCUUUUUCUUUUUGGCUACUGGGAAGCACAGGAGAGGCUUGGGAGUGCGAGGCUUUUAUGUUGGCAUGUAAAUUCCAUAUUCCGUGGUUGUUUGCAUCUUUCCUUUUCUCCUUAAACAACAAGAGUUACUGAGUUUAUUAUUACAAAUAAUAAUAAACCAUAAAUUCCUAGCUGACAUAAUACUAACUUUUACUUUAACCAUGCAAGUGCUCUUAGUGGAAGAGCUCCUGACUCCUGAGUGGCAACACGCUCUCAGAUCCACUUGAUAUUACAAGCUGAAGCUGAUCCAGGUUGGGGUUGUUACCCUGUUUUUCAGCUUGCCAUUUCUGUCACACGGAUGUAAUUUCAAAACAUCCCCUCAAAGCCAAACAGGCUCUGCAGAACCCAUUUGAAGCUCUCCCCUGAGCUGGCACAUCAGAGGCCAGCAUCCCCACGUUAAGACUACUGCCCUUUAAGAGAAAAUACCAGGUUUUAUUCAUCAUCAUGUUCAGAAAAUUGUACCUCUGUACACUGUAUUACAUUGAAUGGAAAUCAGGUAUGCUAAUAGGUAUUUAUGCACCUAAAUCCUCUUUGGAGCUACUUUUUUCAUGCAGAAAAAUCACUGUCAUGGAUGUGAGCACACACACAGUGUGCAGAGCACAUAUGCACAGCUGCAGCUGUACACCCCACAGGCACCUUAUGGCAGCACGGCCCCAUGCUCAGAGCUUCCCUGUCAUGUCUGCUUCCAGCAGGAAAGCGGAGAGCAUUACUUCUGCAAUUUUGCAUCCUACUGUAACACUGUGCAGUGUGGGCACGCAGAACAUGGAGCACACAUCCCUCCUUCCCUCAGCACUUCAGCACACAGCAGCUGCAAUGCACAGAGUGCUUUGGUAGCAUCAAAUGUAGCAGGGAGCUGCAGAGCUAAGGAGGACUAUAGCCGAGGUAGUGAAGACAGGUGAGACGGGGUCAACUCUGAUCUCUAGAGCUUGUUAAUGCUACACUUUUUGCUUUGGUGGGUUUCUGCACGCUGAGUUUAUGAGACUGAAGCACAGUGGCAGAAUAAAUCGAGGCUGUGUGCACAACUAUAUGUCAGGAUUGCUGAGUGCAUUCAUCAGUGGAUUGUAAUGAAAAGGAAAUUACAAUAGAAUUGAAUUUGUGCAGUGGAGUGCCACUGUACCUUAGCUACAACUCCCCGACUCCAGGAGGGAUCUGGGAUGAAUUUGGCCUCCCAGCUGAAACGUGCAGUAGGUAAGCUUUAAUAGCAGCCACCACUGUCCAAAUGACCCAACAGUUUCUUUUUAGCGUUGUUUUUAUUCGAAAUGAUAGAAGUGGUGUUUAGAUAGGAGCAACUAAACUUUAAUGGGACUGCUUAGGGUUUCCUCACUAGUCCACCCAAAUAACCUGCAACUUUUUCUUUCCCAGAACCUCAUGUACCCAACUGUGCAUGGCCAGGUUUGCAAGCAGUCUACCCAGCUACAUGCAGGCUUUGCACAUAGAAAGCCCAUAAAUAUAAAUACAGCUCUAUAACAAGUGCUGGUGGUAGAGGACAACUUACCCAGAGGUGAGUUCCAUGUGUGGGUUCACUUGUGUGCGUGUGAGGGAAUUCUGAUCAGGCAAGCGCAGGCUCAGAGCUGCAGAUGGUUUCCUUUCUUUGGGCUACACAGCACUCCUGGGCACACCAUAUGUUCUCCCUUGUCAACUACACAGGCACUCAAUAAGCUGUUUUUUAAGGUCCUAGUGGAAGCAUUAAUCUCAACAGAACUGUGCUGGGUUCUUUUUUAGGUUUUUCUUGCAAUAAACAACAAAUGAUCCUCAGGGAAGGGCUGGAUUGCAGAAGGAAAUCUGCACUGGGGUUCUCUUACCCUCAUUUGCAGCAGAUCUUAAGGAACCCGUGGUCAGUAUUGGGGCUGAUGUCCCUGUGCUGCCGGUGGCACCUGAUAGGGCCAGACGUGUCCAAAUCCCAGGGCCCAGCUGUUCUGCAGCCCUGCUACCAGUUGGCUAUUAAGAAAAAAAAAAAAAAAAGGAAAAAUUUCAGAAAAGAAAGCUGCUCACAAAAUGUUUUUCUUAUUUUGAGAUACAUUUUUAAGAGAAGACCAUGGGAAGCCUGUGGGGCCUUCCAGCCCUAACAGUUUAGUCACUGAGCGUUAACAGUUCGUGUUGAUCAGCGUUGAUAUUUACAAGCCAGUUGUUCUCAACAGCAGAAUUCAGAUCUGCUGUGAUACUUUCCAGAGCUAAGAGCAGGGUGAGAGCAGAGCCCCCAAGCUGCAUGCAGGGCAUCCAUGGGACCACAGACAUGUUUCCAGGCCAAUUUAUUUAUUGGGAAUGUUCUGCCUGAAAGACUACUGAUGCUGUUACAAGGGGCCUUUUUCUGAACAUGAAUGAAAAGACCUUUGAAACAUUGCUCUAACAGCCAUAUUUUUAGCUGAUAGAUAAAUAGCUAAUGUUAUUGUUGGUUAAAUCACCAAUGCUGUAGAACACCACUGAUUUUCAUGACCCGGAAGUCAAACUCCAACUAAAAAUUACAGGACAAAGCGUUCAUGAAAUUGGUUUGCUGUUGUUAGUAAGCACUUUGAAUGCAAAGACUCUCCCGUGGUGAAUCCUCUCUUGCUUGUAAUAUAGCAUUUAACUACCUUAUGCAAUGGGAAGCCUGCAUAUUUAUAAAUAUGUGUAUAUAUGUAUAUAUCUGAUAGAGAUAUAUGCAACAGGAAAUGCAAAGGCAACUCUAAAUGACAAACCACACCUUUGAACCCAUUCACGUGCAGGGUCUGGUCUCCAGCAAAGACGUACGCACUGGUGCUGAACCCAGGGUGGCACAGGGGCUGUUCCUGGGGAGCCAGCCAGCAGCAGGACAAGGGUUGGAGUCUGCACACUGCCUGUCCCCUUGGGUGGGAGUUUAGCACAUAGGGAUCCGUGUUCCACCAUGGUACAUCCCUUGUCCUACACAGCCAGGCAAGCCACAUCAAACAGAAAUAAAAUAGAACACUAAUACCCAUUUGCCCAAAUCAUAAACAAACACAGGAGACCAUAAAUCUCAGUGGGGUCACUACCUACCUUACCAGACUUUACAUUUAGAAUUUCCAAUGAAGAACAAACUGUUAUCUAAAGCUUGAGCUUCUAACCCACGGGCUAUGGUACUGUUCUGUCCAUCCUGCCUCAGUGCACUCCUCCCACGUCUUCUGCCUUCAGAACUUUCAUUUAACUAGUACACAAAGAUUUACAGUGUUAUUUUCAGUUAAUCAGAUUUAAGGAUUUCUUAUUUCAUUUGUUAGUCUUGCUAGUAAGAGUGGAAUACAAAGUAAUGAUACAACUUUCAGGCCAGUAGUUUGGAUAGGAUAUGAAUUAAUUGAUGGUUUGGUUUUGUUUUGAACAAGUUUGGUUUGGGUAUGCUGGAGCGGUGGCUCUGGCCAGCAGAGGCCAGGCAAGGUGAUCCGUGCUCCUCCGGGGUGGGAGGAGCUGGGGGCAGCCAACGUGAAACUUCUCUGUAAAAGCCAAUUUUAAAAAACACCAUUUGUUUCUCUUAGAACUAAAGUAGUUUCUCUUAGGGAAAAAAAAAAGAGCCUUUGCGAAUCCUCUUAGGGGACAAUUCAAAUAUUCUAAAAGUGAAUGACAUCACUGCAUUGCAGCCAGAAUUUACAUGGCCCUUGUAAGGCUUUUCCUGCAGCACCACCGACCGAGCCACAGCCCUGCAGCACAAGAGGCUUCAUCUUUGUAAAUUGGGGCCUUCUUUGUCUCUUUGCUAGCAUAUGUGGCUUUGCCCUGAAACCCUGCUCAGAACAAACACUUAUCGGUUACGUUUUCUACUCGUGAGUACUGUAUCCAGUUCAAAACCAACAGCUUACUUUAUUAAAAAUUUUACCAUUUUAUAAAAGACAUGUUUAAUUAUGAUGGAGAUGGCUGUAUUGUAAUUAAUAUUUUGAGAUAAUUGUGAUUUUGAGCUUAAAUUAUAUACAGAAAAUGGUCAUUUUUGUAUGUGUUAAAAGAUUGCUAUAUUACAAAUGACUAACUGUACUUUUCAGUUUAAUUACAGUAUUAAUGUAAAUAAAGCUGAAUGAAGAAAUAUUUACUACUUUAUUAACAUAGAUUGUGAAUGUACUUAAUGUUUUUUGCAGUAUAAAGACUUACUGAACUUGAAAGCUGCUUCAUUUUAUGUGCAAAAAGGUACUUCAAAAUUCUAUUUUAAAUCUAUUGAUUCAGUGCAAUCAAUUAUCUCGUCAGUUAAUUUGCACACGCAGGUUGUAUCCUUCCAGUUUUCUUUCAUGUAUGACACUUACCCGUAAGGUGCAUAUUGUGUUUAGAAUGCAUUUUGCAGAUGCUUCUGUACAUAAAACAAAUACAGGGACUAAAACAAUGCUGUGCAGUGUAUAGCAGAGCCAUUUUUCGGCUUUGGUGUACCCAACUUUUUCAGUAUUUAAAAAAGUGUUUUGAAUAACAUAAAAAAAGUCUCUUUAUUGUAUAAAUAAUAAAAAUGUCACCUUAUUGUAA